UGGGUUUAGAGCCUGAGCGGUUCUGAUCCGGGUGCGGAGCCAUAAACACGAUGUUCUUCAGACAGGAAACCGCAGCCUGCUGGUUUACAGCCUGCUGCCAUCUGAUUGGCUGAGGCUGGCUCUUCCUCUGACUGACUUCCUCCCAGGAAGACGUUCGCUGCCUGUUGAGAAACGGCAGCAUGACGACGACCUGAGGGCCCAGCGGCGUCGACCAGAACCAGAACCCUGCUGUCGGGUUGGAAUUAUGACCCAUCCAGAACCCGGCUGUAGAACCGGCGGAGUCGCUGCGCCGUGAACCGAGCCCGUCAGGUCUGGACCAUGAGUGGGAGUGGAAGUCCCCCUGAGGGCCUCGAGGGCCCGGUUCAGCCCGGUCCGAACCGCCGGCACCUCUACAGGAAACCCUGGAGGGCGUUUGAGCCUGAGCUCGGUUCUGAGCAGCCAUUGGACCGAUACCAGUGGAGAACAUCUGAAGACCAGAACCAGGAGCGCCCUCAGCUGUUCGGCCUGCUCAAAACCAGCACUUUGCCCCGGCGUCGGAACCAGAACCAGGAUCCGGACAAGCAUGGAUCCCUGCGCCGGAUCAUUCCCUUCUUCCGGUCCAUGUCAGAACCUGGUGCCGCCGGCGGCUCGGACAGAACGCCGCUCAGGAAAGCCGGAUCAGACGCCGAGCGCAGAGCGCCGUCCAUCAGCAGCUUCAUCACGACGCUGUCCCGCCGGAUCAGCCGGGUUCUGAGAGACGAGUCGGAACCAGAGUCCGACGUGAAGGGCCCGCCGGCCCACCGCUUCUCCUGCGGUCAGAGCCCGUACUCGGACGGCGCCGCCUGGGAGCGAAGGUUCUGCAUCCUGACGGACAGCCAGCUCAUCCUGCUCAACAAGGACGAGGAGGCAGCGGAUGCCCAGGACGCCCCGGCCGACCCCUCCAGGGCCCGGAGCCUCCGCCGCACCGUCAGCGUCCCCUCAGAGGGACAGUUCCCGGAGUUCCAGCCAGAGGGCGCCAGCGUGCUGGAAGUGUCUUCGGAGCGUUCUCCGAGGAGGAGGAGCAUUUCCGGUUUGGGCAGCUCAGAGAAGAACCUCGCGGCCGACAAUCCCAACUCUUCUCCUUUCAAAGUGCCGAACUUCUUCAGCAAACGUCUGAAAGGCUCCAUCAAGAGAACCAAGAGCCAGACCAAACUGGACCGGAACACCAGCUUCAGACUGCCGUCGCUGCGGCCCGCCGAGCCGGACAGGGCCCGCGGGCUGCCCCGGCUGAAGGAGACGGUUUCCCAUGAGUCCUUGCUGAGCCCCGGCGGCGCCGCCGAGGCUCUGGACCUCAGCAUGGAGGAGGACGUGUUCAUCAAGCCUCUGCACAGCAGCGUCCUGGGCCAGGAGUUCUGCUUCGAGGUGACCUACGCUGGAGGCAGCAAGUGCUUCAGCUGCACGUCGGCCUCGGAGCGAGACAAGUGGAUGGAGAACCUGAGGAGAACCGUCCAGCCCAACAAGGACAACUGCCGGCGGGCGGAGAACCUGCUGCGCCUGUGGAUCAUCGAGGCCAAAGACCUGGCGCCCAAGAAGCGCUACUUCUGCGAGCUGUGCCUGGACGACGUGCUGUACGCCCGGACCAGCAGCAGCCGGUCCGACAGCCUGUUCUGGGGCGAGCACUUCGACUUCAGCGGCCUGCCGGCCGUGCGCAGCGUCACCGUGCACAUCUACCGCGACGGCGACAAGAAGAAGAAGAAGGACAAGAACAACUACGUGGGCCUGGUGAACAUCCCGGUGGCCGGCGUGACGGGCCGCCACUUCGUGGAGAAGUGGUACCCGGUCAGCACGCCGACCGCCAGCAAGGCCAAGGGCGGCGGCCCGUCCAUCCGGAUCAAGUCCCGCUUCCAGACCAUCUCCAUCCUGCCCAUGGAGCGGUACAAGGAGUUCGCCGAGUUCGUCACCAACAACUACGGCACGCUGUGCUGCGUGCUGGAGCCCGUCAUCAGCGUCCGCAACAAGGAGGAGAUGGCCUGCGCCCUGGUCCACAUCCUGCAGAGCACGGGCCGGGCCAAGGACUUCCUGACCGACCUGGUGAUGUCAGAGGUGGACCGCUGCGCCGACCACGACGUCCUGAUCUUCAGGGAGAACACGCUGGCCACCAAGGCCAUCGAGGAGUACCUGAAGCUGGUGCAGAAGUACCUCCACGACGCCCUGGGUGAGUUCAUCAAGGCUCUGUACGAGUCGGACGAGAACUGCGAGGUGGACCCGAGCCGAUGUUCCGGCGGCGACCUGUCGGAACAUCAGAGCAACCUGAAGAUGUGCUGCGAGCUCGCCUUCUGCAAGAUCAUCAACUCCUACUGCGUUUUCCCCCGGGAGCUGAAGGAAGUGUUUGCGUCGUGGAAGCAGCAGUGCGUGGCCCGCGGCCAUCCUCAUGACAUCAGCAAGCGUCUGAUCAGCGCCUCGCUCUUCCUGCGCUUCCUGUGCCCCGCCAUCAUGUCGCCGUCGCUCUUCAACCUGAUGCAGGAGUAUCCCGACGACCGGA